AGUCAGUGAGCGACCAGUCGAAUCACAUGCCCCUCCCCUCCACCAUCUCCCCGAAUCAAUUGCUAGUACGAUUUCUUCCCCCAAACUAACCACCAGCGUUUUUCAUUUCACACUGCUCGAGCUCGCUCUCGCGAUCGUCUCCAGGGCGCCGGCCUUCGUGCCCCGCUGCUCUAUCCCCGAUACUUAGGAGUUGGGGCGUUGCUGUAUGAUGAAAAGGAAGACCAUUUUUUAGGUCACAGAACCGUGGAUAUGGGAUGGUUUGCUUCUGCGACAUUUUCUUGUCGCUCUUUUUGGGGGGGCAUUUCAGGUUGUUUUAGGAAUGAUGCGAUGAAUAUUUGGGGUUGGGGUUCUUGAAGCAAGGGAGGGAGAUGUUAGCAGAGGACUUCUGGGUAUGAUUCUCUCCUGUUUGGAGAGAUAGAUCUGUCUAGUUUCUUGGUGAAAAACCAAAUCGGUCAGUGUGGGGUCUUGAAGUGCUCUGAUGAUUGAAGGACGCAGUUUCGGUCAAUGUUUGUCUAGUGGGGUUUUACUGUUAGAGAUUCUUGUACUUUUGGAGUUUGGAGGUUAUAUUGCAGGAAUUUCCUAAAUUUUGCGGUGAGAAGCAUUGGUAGACGCCCGCACACAUCAUCCCUACUCUUCAAGUUUGACAUCACCAAAGCUUUCGACUUAGUCUGUUGGGAGUACCUCCUUUCUUUGCUACAACACCACGGAUUCCCUGCUCGUUGGAUUACUUUGCUACUUACAAUCUCCUCCUCUAGGAUCCUGAUAAAUGGAAUUCCCAAUGCUCCAAUUCGGCAUGGACGGGGCCUCAAGCAGGGUGACCCCCUCUCUCCACUGCUCUUCGUCCUGGCAAUAGACCCACUAAGGUGUGAGGUUUCAGCUCUAGCCGCAAUUCUCAACCAUUCCGGCGAUGCAACUGGUCCGAACAAAUUUCCAAAAAUCGGUGGUCGUACGGAUCAAAUGCACAGGCUUCGAAUUAGAUGAAAUCUUAACAGAGCUACCAGCUAUGCGCUCAAGCUUCCCCAUCAAGUACCUCGGCCUACCGCUCAAUGCCUGGCGUUUGCAGAGGCCCAAUUUCCAACCGUUAAUAGACAAAGCACUUGCCACCUUUGCAGGGUAGAAAGGGAAGAACAUUGCUCCCAGUGGACGGCUCACCUUAGUGAAAUUUGUACUUACAGCCCAACCGAUCUACUUCCUCACCACCCUAAAAGCUCCAAAAUACACCCUCAAAGUCAUUGACUGUAAGCGAAUGCAAUUCCCAUGGUCAGAAACCGAGGCCCUAACAGGAGGAAAGUGCAAAGUAAAUUUUUUUAGCGGAAGAUAAGUGCAAGGUAAAUUGGAGGCAAGUUUACAAGCCAACAAAUAAAAGGGGAUUAGGCAUCCUUAACCUUGAAAGCUUUGCGAGAGCCAUUAGACUACGGUGGUUGUGGCAAGAAUGGAAGACACAUCACAUGCCUUGGGAACGGUCUAACAUGCCGUGUAAUGACAUAUCGUGUAAUGAAAUGGAUAGGCUACUAUUUGUAGCGUGCACCAAGAUCAUUGUUGGCAACGGAGAAGAUAUAUCUUUCUGGCAUUCUGUCUGGCUACAGAGACGUCCGAAGGACCUGGCUCCACAUGUCUUUUAAACAUCCUCUUCGAUGUGUCGAACACUACGUGAGGCCAUCACAGGCGGCUCUUGGAUGCAGGAUCUUGCGUAUGUGCCAAGCAUCACAACACAAUGGAUUGUCAAAUUCAUACAGCUUUGGACCACAAUCCAAGAGGUGCAGUUACAACAUGACACAAGAGAUGAGAUCACCUGGAAAUCGAUAAGAGUACGGUGAGUCUGUGACUACUCAACAUCUUUGGCAUACAAAGCACAAUUCCUGGGUUCUUUGGAUACAAAUUUUCAAUCCAUAAUCUGGAAAACCCUGGGCUCCAUUAGAAUGCAAAUUAUUUGCCUGGUUUGCAAACCAAAAUAGAUUAUGGAUGUCAGAUAGGCUGGCAGCAAGAACUUGGCCACACAAUCUGCAUUGCCUGUUGUGCAGAAAGGAGCCUGAGACUGGUCAUCACCUGUUCAUAUAAUGUAUUCACCAAGAGGGUAUGGUCGUUUAUUGCGGUCUGGGUGUCACAGCCAUCACUGAAGCCAGUUAGUUGGCCACAAAUGCACUCCAUUCAUCAAUGGUGGACGGUCUUGGCAAACAGCCCAAACACCCCAAGAAGGGGGUUGAAGUCACUCAUCAUUCUCGCCUGCUGGGAGAUUUGGAAGGAGCGCAGUGCCAUGACUUUCAAUAAAGUGGAACAACCAACACAACUCGUUGCCAAACGCAUCCAAGACGAGUGAGCUCAAAAUUCAUAGAAGAUGUCGGAACGUUCUGAGAAUGUUACUGAAAAGCUAAUGGGGAGCAUCAUUGAUACCAUUGCUGAGAACCUUCCUAAGCAGAAGUCUGGGAAAUUUGAUCCAGGUUCAGUCUCUGACAAAGUGAGGAACAAGCUGUUUGGUCGUCAGAAUUCCAUGCAUCGAGUUUUGGGUGGUGGAAAAUCUGCUGAUGUGCUGUUAUGGAGGAAUAAGAAGAUAUCAUCGAGCGUUCUGGCUCUUGCAACAACUAUUUGGGUUUUCUUUGAGUGGAUUGACUACCACUUUCUGACAAUUGUUUCAUUUGCCCUUGUUCUUGGAAUGGUUGUCCAGUUUGUUUGGUCCAACUUCUCGAGCAUGUUAAGCGGAUCUCCUUCUAAAGUGCCCCGUGUUGAGUUGCCGGAUGAACUAUUUGUGAACAUUGCUGUGGCAAUUGGAGCCCAAGUAAACAAGUUCCUGAGUUUCCUUCAAGAUUUGUCAUGUGAAAGAAACUUGAAGCAUUUUGUAGUGGCAAUUGCUGGAUUGUGGGCUGUUGCGGUGAUUGGGAGCUGGUGCAAUUUCCUGACUGUCAUUUACAUUGGAUUUGUUUGUGCCCACACACUUCCUGUGCUCUAUGAGAAGUAUGAAGAUCAAGUCGACGAUUUCCUCUACAGCCUUCUUGGUCUCCUGCGAGAUCAGUAUCAGAAACUCGACCAAGGUGUCUUAAGCAAGAUACCGAAAGGGAACAUGAAGGCUAAGAAGAGCGAGUAGUUUAGCAACUGGAUUCUCAUGAAUAGUCGGUGAACUAUUGUUGUGCCCUGUUGUGCAUUGUUGACUUGUAGUUUCAAUUGUUACCUGAAAACUAUUUGCCUUUCUGAACGCGGCCGCUAGUUCAUUGUCCACCAGGUUCGAACUUUUAAGCUGCAAUGCAUGUCGUCUAUUGUUCAUA